GCCUGGCCCAGGGGACAGUGGUGGCCACCGGGGAGCCCGGCCACACUUCCACGGGCUCGGGAUGCCAUGGGGCUGGCAGGGCGGGCAGGAGCCGGCAGGGGUCUCGCCGUGGCGGGAGCAGCGGGGACACCCACCCGCCGCACUGCGGGUCUGCGUGCCGGGAGCGCCGGCGGCCGGGCCAGAGGGGUUCGGGGACGGGGGGCAGCGCUGGGGCCACGGGCAACACCGGCACCGGGACCGCCCACCCUAGGCUGCCGCCCGGCCCUGCCCGCCCACUGCCCGCCGUGCCCGCCCCCAGUUCCCGGCCAGGCCCCUCUCCCCGCCGUUGCUUCCACCAUGAGCGCGGCUCCGCGUCCCGCUGAGAGGCCUAGAGAGAAGGUCCCGGUGGUCCCGGUGUCCCCGGCGGUCCCUGUCUCCCCCGCCCCCGCGCUGCCCGGGAUCACCGGCCCGGGCUCCACCCGCUGGGGGCGGGGCCCCGGGGCGGGCCCGGGCCGGGCGGAAGGGGCGGGGCGCGGCGCGGCGCGCGGCGGGCGCGAUGGCGGCGGCGGCCGAGGCGCUGUCGCGGGUCCCGGACGUGGAGAUCGAUGGCGACGGCGUCUUCAACCGACAUCUACGCGCAGACGGCGCAGGAGCUGGCGCAGCAGGGCCUGGACUGCGAGUGCCUGGGGGGCGGCCGCCUCUCCCACCGCCCCCAGGAGCGGAAGAUCCACGUCUACGGGUACUCGGUGCUCCAGGGGGGCACUGUCCCCACGCUGAGUUGUGCACGCCGAGCCAUUGCCACAGAGGGACUGGAACCAAUCGGAGACUAAGGGGGGACCUCAUUAAUGUUUAUAAAUAUAUAAAGGGGCUUUGGCCGAGCGGACCACUCUGUGACUACGGAGAAGCUGAAAGCCAAGUAUCCGGACUACGAGGUCACCUGGGCAGAUGAAGGUUACUGACUGGCUCUGGCGGGGCAGCGGCACCAGCGUGGAGCUGGUGCGGUUGGAUCUGGAGUCAGGGUGGGAGCCGCAGGCUUCCUGUGCUGGGCAGCUCACUGGGCUUUCCUGGUUUUCCUUUGUGUUGAACUCACCCGUUCUCCACCAUCACCGGACUUUCCACAUGCUUCCCACCUCCCUGGCACAGCACAACAAGCCCUUGGUGAAGCCGGUGGGCACUCUGCCCCAGCCUCCCCGGUGGCGAGCGGGUUUGUCCCACGUGUGUAUGUGAAAAUUAAACACAUUGGGGAGUGCA